GCAGACUUUGCGUGGGAUCCGUCUAUCCAGCAUAGCACCGAUAAUCGACACGUGAGCCAGUUGAGUAUUUUUAUUCGAAUCGUCCAAAACGAUUUCUCAUGUGUCGAGGAGCUUUUAGACUUUGUUGCUUUGCAUGAUACAACUAUGGGUAUAGAUAUCUUCAGAGCUGUAGAAAAAACUCUCAAUAAAUUUAAUUUAGAUUUUACAAAAUGUUCGUCUAUAAUAACAGAUGGUGCCAAAGCGAUGACAGGUUCAAAAAAUGGAUUCCUCGGUCAGAUCAGACAGCGAGAUUUAAAAUUUCCGAUGAUUCAUUGUAUUAUUCAUCAAGAAGCGUUAUGCGGGAAAGCUGUUAAACUUAGUAGUGCUAUGCAAACGGUAACGCAAAUUGUUAAUUUUAUUAAAGGUGGUCAUAAAUUUCUUUCCCAUCGCAAGUUUCAACACUUUCUCGAAGAGCAUAACGCAACUUAUACCGAUCUCCCUUUAUAUUGCGAGGUCCGCUGGCUUAGUGCCGGAAAAUGUUUAGAGAAAUUUUUUGCAAUAAGAAAAGAAAUCUUCCUUUUCUUGCAAGAAAUAUCUGUUGCAAAAUGCGACGAAUAUAAAUUUUUUCUAGAAGAUUUAGAAUUUCUCAGUGAGCUCGCUUUUAUUACUGAUUUGACUAACCAUUUAAAUAUUUUAAAUUUGAAGCUUCAAAGACCGAAUCAAGUUAUUUCUCAAUUAGUUAGCGCCAUUGAUUCUUUCCGUAGACAGUUAUUAUUAUUUAAAAAUCAUAUAGUGACAGAUAAUUUACAUUUUUUCCCAUCUUGUCAAGUUCUUUUCGAAGAGCAUGGCAAAAGUUGCAAUUUUCAGAAGCAUCUCCAGUUAAUCGAUUCACUUAUUAGUCAAUUUAAUACACGGUUUAGUGAUUUUGAAAUGUUGAGAAAUGAUCUUAUUCUUCUCGAGAAUCCUUUUACUGCGCAAAUCGAAGAGCAAAAUAUAGAAUUGCAACAGGAACUUUGUGAUUUACAAUCUGAACUUUCCCUUAAAACGCGACCGGAAAAAGGAAUAGAAGUUUUUAAAAUUUUAGACGUAGCGACUUAUCCGAGGCUUAGAAAUUUCGGUCUUCGAUUUUUUUCUAUGUUUGGCUCGACUUACUUAUGUGAAUGCUCUUUUUCAAAAAUGAAAUAUAUAAAAACCGACAGACGCUCUUGUUUGAAGGAUGCAUCAUUAUCUUCGUUGAUGCGAAUAAGUACUUCAAAUAUUGAAAUAGAUGUUCCAUCUGUUAUCGAAUCGUACGAACGGCGUAGUCGCACAAAAUUUUAAUUUUUGAUUUUUCUAUCGUUUUUGCUCAUUUCUUAAUUCUUCUUUUUAAGUGGACUAGGCCUAC